AUGCUCCCUUUGACUUUAUUUUGUCUGCUGCAAGCAUAUCUCUCCUACGCGCAGACGACUCCGGGCCUUGCGAUAGGCUCGCUGACCACGAUCACCGAUGCCAAUGUUACCAAUAACCAAGGAUUCAGGCUACCUGCGUCAUCCAACCUCUCUGUAUCCAUUGCGCUAUGUUCGAGUUCAUCAAAUUCACCGCGGUUCCUCGUCACGAACAAUACCGACAUAACCUUACCGGGACCCAGCGGGGGGACUGAUGUCUAUGAAAUAGAGCUCAGCGAUGGCUACGGCAACUGGAGUGGGAGUACGCCGGAGGGAGGUGUACUGGCAGUCCUGAACGCGGGGCAAGCACCGUUUGAAGUGGGUGUAUCCGACGGGGAAGCAGGUCCCAUGCAUGAGAUCCUGCCUACCAUUCCUCUACUAGGAGAGACAACAUCGAACCAAGCCCUCAUCUUCUCCCCGCCUUUCUCUCCUCCCCCAAUUGUAUCGCCCAGUUAUCCGAACUACACCCUCCCGCCAGCCAACCUCACUUAUCCCGAGCAACCCUCCACAGCCGCCGCGACCAAUUUCACUCUCGUCCUCGCCCCAACAUCCUCCUCGCUAGCCAGUCAAUUGCAAACCGGCUGCUCACUCACAUCCUCUCCGUCCCAGGCUGGCUCACAGAUCUUCCAGAGCCUUUGGCUGCGCGACGAGAAGGGCUGGCGGUCGCAGUGGCUGAUGGGCGGGCUCACGCCCCUCACAAACUACACUGCAUACGUCGUCACCAACCAGACGAAAGUCUCGGGUCCCAUUUACUUUACCACGAAAUCAGCACUGUUCUCCUGCCCGAUAGUCCAUUCCCUCCCCUACUGCCCCGCCGUCUCCUACGCCGCGCCCCUCCUACCGCCGCCGGUCGGCUUCGACGCCCACGACGCUCGCACCGUCCCAGACUCGGUCAGCAGCCCGCUCAUCUCUGGGCUGGGCAACUUCUCCACGAUGCUCACCACGAUCGCCUGCGGACGGGACAUCUACUCGCCCAUCCAGACGUGCGCAGACUGCCAACGCGAAUACCGCAACUGGCUCUGCGCCAUCUCCUUCCCGCGCUGCUCCGAAGAAUCGCCGCCGUCGUCGUCAUCCACCACCUCGGUCGCAUCGCAGGAAACGGGUGCGCAGAAGCCAUUGUCGGCGUUGGUGCCCGUGGCGUCGAACUUGCCGCCACGUAGCAACCCUGCCAUGCCGAAUGCGACGACGGGCUACGACAUGCUCUUACCAUGCCUGGAGACGUGCACCGCCGUGGACCGCGCGUGCCCGUACUUCCUCGGCUUCAAGUGUCCGCUUCCGCAGUUCAAUGCGAACGUGAGUUAUGGGGUCGGUUUUAUCGACAGUGGCGUGGCGGGACAGCAGGGUGGCGGAGCUACUGGUGUCAGCCAGGAUAGAUGGGGGAAUGUCUGGUGUCAUGGACCUGGGAUGGAGGAGGGGGCUUAGGUGUGUGUAGUAGUCUCACUCAUGACAUCCAUGUAAUAGUGGUGCUCUGUCUGAUGCUGUCUUAGGUAUCGGUAUCCUGUGUAUGAAGCCGAUGCAUGUAGAUGUAGCUAAUUUAUUGGUAUCAUGUGCGAGUAAAACGCGUAUAUCAGUUCUCUUGUCGCCACCACGGGUGCAUAGAAG